AUGGGUGGGGGAAGGUAGCGCUGGUGCGCCAGUAUGCGUGAGAAACUGAAACACCUUCGAACGAAACCUUUCAGCGUAUUCAGACUCUGUAUCAUUAUGUGACUGAGCCGGAUUCAAAAAAAGGAAAAGGAAAGACAGUUCGUUAUAUAGAAGGACGAGCAGCUUUCAUUCCGUGGUUUCAUUUCGAGGACCUCACCAUCACAAUGAGGAAAUCCAUUCUUGCUUGUCUUUUGCCAACAGGAUGUUUGGCUAUCCUUGUCUCAGUGCCAGACACUACACGUUACACUACCAUGUUUGCUUCAGUUACAAUGAGAUGUGACUAUUCCACCUCUGCAAAUAUGCAACUAGUUGUGGUCACUUGGCGCUACAAGUCUUUCUGCAGGGACCCAAUCCUGGACUAUUAUUCAUCAGGUUAUCAAGCUGCUGUGGCCCUAGGACAGGAUCCUGUAAAUGACUGUCCAGACAGCCAAAGAGAAGUUAGAACUGUAAUCCAAAAAACUGGAACAAAUGAGCCCAUUCUAGGAGUGGACUACGCACAGAGAAAAAUUACAAUUCAGAACAAGGCUGACCUGGUGAUAAAUGAAGUUAUGUGGUGGGAUAAUGGGGUUUACUUCUGCAUUGUAGAAGCCCCAGGUGACACUGCAGGUGAUCCAGAUAAAGAAGUUAAGCUGAUCGUUUAUAAUUGGCUUGUGGUGAUUUUCAUCAUCCUGGGUUUCAUCCUGUUAAUUAUACUGCUUUCCAUUUGUUGGUGCCAGUGUUGUCCGCAUCGUUGCUGCUGUUAUGUUCGUUGUCCCUGCUGCCCAACUAAGUGCUGCUGUCCAGAAAAAGCUAUAAUACAACACAGAAUAAUGAAAGAAGCACAGAAGGCUUUAAUGCCAUGGUCAGCAGGACACAUUUAUGAUCCCGUGGGCUCUUACAGGUCAUCAUCUCAUCACACCCCUCAAAUGCACAAAGAUUACUCUUUAAAGCACAAUAUUCCAAUGAUCCCAAUGCAACAACAAUCUCACCAUAGCAAUAAGUCUGUCCUUGAUUACCUUGAAAGCCAGGUGAGAAAUUUAGACACAGUCCAGCCACUACAACAGCCUCUGCUACCAAGUAAUCAUGUGCAGUUCCAGACCCCUCCAAGUGUACUGUCUUCACUGAACGAGAUUGGUGUGCGUGAAAUCGAUAGACGUGUCAUUCACCUGCCACCAAUUGUUGAAAGAAUACCCUCUUCCCAUUCAACCAACAACUCCGCACGAAGGAAUGCAACUUCUUCUGGAUUCAGAGGUCAACAUUCUGAAGCUGAAUUGGUUGGUAGAGGGGUGCAUGGCCAAGGAGGAUCAAGAUCCAGUCGAGGAUCCCACUCAGAGCAAGACAACAGGAACCGGAGGAGAGAGCCACAGAAUAACAAUCGCAAUCACUGGAGAGAUCAGUACUCUCGUCCAAGAGACUGGCGAAGUUACAGUGAUGAGUCAGACUAUGAUGAUCGCAGAGGGGGACCAAACAUGAGAAGAAAUAAUAUUGGCAGCUACUCCCAACCCAGGCAGGAGAGAGAACAAUAUCGAGAUGACUAUAACCCCGGUAGGCAUCGCCCACGUCGUAGACAGAGAAGUUAUUCUCCUCCUGGCCGAAGAGGGUCUUGGAGUUCUGAUGAUGACAGCAGCAGAGCGGCUGGAAAUAACCGAAGGAGAAACAAAGAUCACAGUGCGGAGUGGCCAGAAAAACCUCCUAGCUACCGCUCCAUUGAGAUCUUGCCAAACCGAAGUCAUAAUGGUUCAAACAGAGUUCAUGAAAGAUAUUCAGAAAGAAGCUCACGAAGUGGCAGAAGCGUGGUGCUAUAAACAGACAGAGGAGAAGCUUCUAUUUCAGCUAUACUUUACAUAAAGAAGAACACUUUUUUGAGCAGCAUAUCAAGGACUUACUAGUGGACAGAAGAAAAUUUUGUAUUUUUGCUUUAUCUGCUUGUUUUUAAUUGCUACCAUGACUCGUUUUUUAAAAAAAAAAAUCUAAGAUUUUGUAACUGGUGCAAUGACUUUUGGAGAGACACUGAAUUUCUGUUUUAUAAAUAUUUAGUUCACUGCAUUGCAAUUUCUAAGAUUGUACCCAAAAUAUGCGACCAGUGGCUAAGCACAAAAACCAUAUUCAAUAUUUUAGGAUGGAUCAGCAAAAUAAGUCUUUCUGUGGUUGUCUCUCUCAACCUUACUUUAUCAUGUUUAAUAACCAAAGUAACAUCACUGACAUUUGCUUUGUUUUAGAUGUUACAUUGUGCUUUGCUAAGUCGGUCAGCUUUAUGUAUAUGUUAAGGUAAUAAUAAGGUAAUUGUGUAAUUUUAAAAGUUUAGGUUAACGCAAUUGUAUAUACAUUUACUCCUAGAAAACAAGAUCAUGUAAUGUAACAACUAUACCCUUUUCUAGGUCUAAAAUGGUUUUAAAUUAAUCUGCGGUGAGCUGGAUUGCUCAGUCUCGUUGUCAAGUGCUUAAUAUAAUUUGCUUAUUUCUCUUCUCUAUACAGAUGACAUAUUGUACAUGUUGUAACAGCCUGUCUAGUCAAGGGGGAUUUCACCUGUUUAGGUUUUUUUUGUGUGUGUGUGACAAUCCUGCUUGAAUCAGAAAAUUACUGUAGAGUUUCAUUUCAUUCAGUGAAGAGAAUUUUUUGGAUAUUUCACAAUCAUCAGUGAAACAAAAUGUCAGAUUUUAUGUAAAUAAAUAUUUUUGGGCAACUUUUACAUUUACCACCUGUGCUACAAAAAUGACCUCCUUAUGUAACCUAAGUUUGUUCCUGUGACUUUUUUUGCUCAGAUACUUGCCAAAUUUUAAAAAAACAUUCCUCCAACAAAUGGUAAAUGUGACAAAAAAAUAUGUAAAUAUCGUAUAAGGUGCCAGCCUUGUUUCAUUUUUAAAUUAUGCUUUGUUUUUUUCUCUGCAUUUUGAGCUCUACUAGGACAGAAUAUUCACACAUUAAUGUGCUAAUUUUCUUUCUUAUGCUUCUAAUGACUUUAUUGAUUAUCCAGGUGUCUCAAACAUAUUACAUGAUACACUUCUUGCAAUUCUGCUUUAGCUGACAUCUUUUUACAUUUACUGUGUAUUCCUGCUACUGUGCUAUGAGUCUCCUCCUUUCUCUGUAGUCAUCCUGGAAGGCUGCAGUGGCUGUUGCUGCUGCUUUUUAUUUAUAGAUGUUGACAUUAAAUAAUGCUUCUUGUUUUUCUAUUUCA